AUGAGCAGCACUGAGUGGACGGGCCCUCCAGGCGCUCCAGGCCCUCCAGGCGCACCAGGCCCUCCAGGCGCUCCAGGCCCUCCAGGCGCCCCAGGCCCUCCAGGCCCUCCAGGCCCUCCAGGCGCCCCAGGCCCUCCAGGCGCUCCAGGCGACCCAGGCCCUCCAGGCCCUCCAGGCCCUCCAGGCCCUCCAGGCCCUCCAGGCGCCCCAGGCCCUCCAGGCCCUCCAGGCGCCCCAGGCCCUCCAGGCCCUCCAGGCGCCCCAGGCCCUCCAGGCCCUCCAGGCCCUCCAGGCGCCCCAGGCCCUCCAGGCGCUCCAGGCGACCCAGGCCCUCCAGGCCCUCCAGGCCCUCCAGGCCCUCCAGGCGCCCCAGGCCCUCCAGGCCCUCCAGGCGCCCCAGGCCCUCCAGGCGACCCAGGCCCUCCAGGCCCUCCAGGCCCUCCAGGCGCCCCAGGCCCUCCAGGCCCUCCAGGCCCUCCAGGCGCCCCAGGCCCUCCAGGCCCUCCAGGCCCUCCAGGCGCCCCAGGCCCUCCAGGCGCUCCAGGCGCCCCCCCACAUAGACGCAUGGUCAUCAGAACAUCAGCCAACGUUUACAUCAGAACUUCCCUGCAGAGGAACCUGCUAUAUGGAAAACAUGACUCAGCAGUCUAUCCUAGCACCAUGACACAGGGAUUUAUCGAUCGCAGGCCAGUCUUCACUGAGACAGAUAUUUACUUUAGAGCGAUGAACUAUGCACCUGCUCUAGCUCAGCUGGACCAUCUGGAAACCAUCAUCUACAGCUGGCCUGAACGCCAUCCAGGGUUCUCCUAG